AUGAUCUCCGGACUCCUCUCGCGAUCCAGCGUCGCGCCCGCCAGGGCCUUCCAGGCUUCUACCCUCCCCCGCGUCGUCUCGGCGCUGCCCCGCGUCCAGGCUCGUGGCCUCGCCACCGGCGCUGAGCCCUACGAUGUCCUCGUCAUUGGCGGUGGCCCCGGCGGCUACGUUGCCGCCAUCAAGGCCGCCCAGCUCGGGCUCAAGACUGCCUGCAUCGAGAAGCGCGGCACCCUCGGUGGCACCUGCCUCAACGUCGGCUGCAUCCCCUCCAAGGCCAUGCUGAACAACUCUCACCUCUACCACCAGGCCCAGCACGACUUUAAGUCGCGCGGCAUCGAGAUCAAGGACAUGUCGCUCAACCUCGACACCAUGCUCAAGGCCAAGAGCGGCGCCGUCGGCGCCCUCACCAAGGGUAUCGAGGGCCUCUUUAAGAAGAACAAGGUCGACUACAUCAAGGGCACUGGCAGCUUCGCCAGCCCCACGUCGGUCAAGGUCGCCCUCAACGACGGCGGCGAGACCCAGGUCGAGGCCAAGAACAUCAUCAUCGCCACCGGCUCCGAGGUCACCCCCUUCCCCGGCAUCGAGAUCGACGAGAAGCAGAUUGUCAGCUCCACCGGCGCCCUCGACCUUCAGAAGGUGCCCGAGAAGAUGAUCGUCAUCGGAGCCGGCGUCAUCGGCCUCGAAAUGGGUAGCGUCUGGAGCCGACUCGGUGCCAACGUUCAGGUCGUCGAGUUCCUCGAGGGAAUCGGCGGCGCGGGCAUCGACGGCGAGAUCGCAAAGACGUUCAAGAAGGUUCUCGAGAAGCAGGGGCUCAAGUUCAAGCUCGGGACCAAGGUCGUCGACGCCGAGAAGAAGGACGGCAAGGUCUACCUCAACGUCGAGGACGUCAAGAGCGGCAAGAAGGAGCAGCUCGACGCCGACGUCGUCCUGGUCUCGAUCGGGCGACGACCCGUCACCUCGGGCCUCAACCUCGAGGCCGUCGGCAUCGAGAAGGACGAACGUGGCCGCAUCAUUGUCGACGACGCCUACAACACCACCUGCAAGGGCGUCAAGUGCAUCGGCGACGCCACCUUUGGACCCAUGCUGGCCCACAAGGCCGAGGAGGAGGGCAUCGCGGCUGUCGAGGUCAUCGCCUCGGGCCACGGCCACGUCAACUACCAGGCCAUUCCCGCCGUCGUCUACACGCACCCCGAGGUCGCCUGGGUCGGCAAGACCGAGGAGGACCUCAAGAAGGAGGGCGUCGAGUACAAGGUCGGCAAAUUCCCCUUCCUCGCCAACUCGCGAGCCAAGACCAACGCCGACUCUGAGGGUACCGUCAAGUUUGUCGUCGAGAAGGAGACCGACCGCGUCCUCGGCGUCCACAUCGUCGGCCCCAACGCCGGCGAGAUGAUUGCUUCCGCCGUCCUUGCAAUCGAGUAUCAGGCUUCGGCAGAGGACAUUGGCCGAACAUGUCACGCCCACCCCACACUCUCCGAAGCGUUCAAGGAGGCUGCGAUGGCUUCGUACGACAAGGCAAUCCACUUCUGA